UAGAAAGUUAUAAAAAUUAACAAGGGUAGUUUUACAUAUAAAAAUACAAUUAUAAAGCAGAAUUGCAUAUACAUUUACAAUUUUCCAUUCAUUGUCACAAUAUCUUUAGUCUUUUAUUUAGAUGAUUCAGAUGAAAUAUAUAUAGUUUUGUAUUGUUUUCUAAUUUUCUUUUUUUCUUCAUUUUGCUUCUUUUUUAUGAUGGAAUUGUCACUUAAUGAAUUUUUUGUAUCUUCAGCAAACUGUACAAUUUUCUGCGGUUUUUGUACUUCUCCAAUUAAAUUUGAAUCUGUUGUUUCAAUAUGAGUUGCUUUAAGAUCUAGUACUGUAUUGUUCUCUAUUAUUUUGCAUUGUACUAUGUUCGCGUUUUCUUCCAAUUUUGUAUCUUCAAAUUUGGAUUUGCUAUUAUUGUCAUGAUCAAGACAAUUUUUAUCAAUAUCUGCUUUAUAUGAUUUAUUUAUUAAUAGAUCUGAUUUAUAUACGGUAUCUAUAUUACUAGUUGUUUGUAGCAUGUUCUUAGACUUAAGGUAAUUAAUUGGUAAUGUAUUUUUUAAUGUUGUUAAUUCUGAUGUAACUUUUUCAAUAUUUUUUAUAUCACUUUCUAAUAUUAUUUCUUCUUUAUCAGGAAAAUCUUUAUAAAUAGUCCUGUGUUGUUCUAUUGCUUCAAAAAAUAAUUUAUAAUCUGAUGAAAUUGUAUUUUCCAAUUCUAACUGACUUUUAAUUGCUGAUAAUUGUGCCUGCAAAGUAACAUUACAGUAAUUAUAUAAAAAUAGUUUUAUAUUUAAUAAAAGAACUUACUUCCAUAUACAUUGCUUUAUAUUGCCAGUAUUGAAGUUGUUUAGCUAUUUUAUGUUUUAUUUCAGUUUGAAGUAACAUAUCAACAGAAUCACGUUCAAUCCUCUGAUGUAACUCCUGUAUUUCUUUUUUUUUCUCUGCUAGUAAUGACUCCAAAUAGCUGAAGUAAAUAUAAUUUUGUUUUAUACAAACACAGUACUUUAUUUUAUAAGAAAACAAAAGAAUGUAUUAUAAAGAACAUGCUUACCUAAAGGAGUUAUCAAUUGUUUUCGUUUCGGUAUUAGCUUGUUGAACUUCUAAUAAUUUCUUUUCCAAAUCACGAAUUCUGUUUUUAUAUUUAUUUAUUAAUUCAUUAUCUUCUGAAAAUAUAUUUACAUAUUCAUCCCAUUUUCUUAAUAUAGAUGCUUUCUCUAUUUUCAGAGUUUUAACUUCUUCAGCUUUUAUAUCAUAUGCUUGUUUUAGUUCAUCAUAUUUUUUUUUUAAAAUAGUUACUUUAUUUACCGCCAGUUGACGUCGAUCCUCAACUUCAGCAAACAAAGAAUUACCUAUAAUAGUAUUACAAUAUUUAUUAUCUUCUUUAAUAUUUCCUUUUAUAUGUAAUAAUUAAUUUUAAAAAUUACCUUUGCACGAUUCACUAGCAGGAACAAUUUUCAAUGUUUCUAUCUCUGAACGACAAAUAACUAAUUCUUCACGAAUACUUUCUAAUACUUCAUUUUUUUCUUUCAAAUUAUUUUUAGUUACCUAUAUAAAAUAAUUAUUUAGAUUAAUUUUUAUAUUUGAUUUAUUUAAUCUUAAGUGCAUAAUUUUUUGAAUAAACAGUAUACUUCUAAAAUUUCUUGAAGUUCAAAAACUUGAUUUUUAAUAUCUUUAAUAAUUUCUUCAGCAUCCUCUUUUUUUCGUUUUUCAUCUUCUAAAUUGAUUAAAAGUUCUUGGAUCUGCUCUUUUAAUGGUGUUAACUUUUCUUCAAUAUCAUCGGUUUUAUAUGAAUUAUCUUGUGAUGUUUUAACUUUGAAUUGAUGUAAUGAAUCAUAUAAUUCCUUAUUUUCUUUUUCUUUAUUUUCUAAUAUUAUUCCUAGGUCAUUAAGUUGAUUUUCAUACGCUUCUUUAGUUUCCCGGUUUCUAGAUUAAAAAAAAACAUAAUUACUAUAAAUAUUUAAAAAUUUAUAUGUUUUAUAAUUAUAUAUGUUUAUUUACUUUUCUUGAAUAUCGUGAAGUUUUUUUUCUGCUUUCUCUUUUUCCUUUAUUAGCAAUUGUUCCAAUGAUUCAUUAACUUCUUGAAGUUCCCUUUGCAUAGCUUCAUUAUGGAUAAGUUUUAGAUGUAAUUCGUGUAAUUCUUGACGAUAAUUUUCAUUUUGUAAAUGUAUUUUACGAUAAUCUGUACUUCCAUCAAAAGUCUCGUUUAAAUAUUCGUCUUUCGAGCCUAUAAAUGCACUUUCAUUACACGAAGACAUUGUCUCAGACAUUUUGAGGUUAUGUUUAUGUUUUCUCUAUACAUUCGGCGGGAAUCAAUCAAAGAAAUUUGAAUUCUCAUGUACUUGAGAUGUACUAUAUCGGCAUAAAUUAAUACAUCUUUUACAUUUCAAAUCUCGCAUUCUACUACACCAUAUGAGCUAUUGGUACUUAUUUUAAAUAAGAGGGCAAAUACGAUGAUGUUACGAGGUGAACAUCCAAAUGAUUUCAUACUUAAAGUAUGUGGUCAAGAAGAAUAUUUGAUUGGAGAAUAUCCUCUUAUACAGUUUAAUUAUAUCCAAGAUUGUUUAGCAAGAGACAUUACACCAACGCUUAUUACUCUCAAUGUAGAUAGUGUAUCUUUAGAUCAGGAUAAUGGUCCUGAGAAUCCAGAUGUAGAUGCACUACAGCGCACAAGACCUUCCUUUUCUACGCUUACACUUCGUAAAAAAGGCAAACAUGUUUCUGCUUGGAAGAUAGAUGAUCCAUUUGUGUUCACUGUAAAUGGUAUUUCUCGACUCAACUGUGAUGCUGCCCAUCGGACAGUAGAGAUUGGGUUGCAAGCUGGCCUUUUCCAUGGCGGGAAGUCAUUGUGUGAGAGUCAGAAAACCAAAGAAACUAUAGUAAGCUCGGAUGGCAGUUGUGAAUGGGAAGAAACUCUUAGAUUUGAUAUAAAAGUUAAAGAUAUACCUCGAAUGGCACGUUUAUGUUUUGUCUUGUAUGAAAUUAGUAAAACUUCAAAAGGCCUAAAGAGUAGAAGACUGGUUAAAGAUUCUAAGCAGGAAUUCUUUAUAAAUCCUUUGUGUUGGGCAAACACAACUAUAUAUGACUUUAAGUCUCAAUUAAAGACUGGAGCGAUGACAUUAUAUACAUGGACAUAUGCAGAGGAUAUGCAGAAUGAUGAUUUACUUCAUCCUUUAGGGACAGUAGUAUCAAAUCCACAUAUUGAUAGAGCAGCAGCACUUAUGCUGACAUUUCCUAACUAUGGAAAAGAUAAAUCUGUACUCUAUCCUACUCCAGAAAAAAUGGUAGAAUAUGCAAGAAAACUACGUGAAUCUGCUAGUGAAAGAAUAAUGCAAGAAGAACCAAAUCAAGACAAUGACAUUAAUAAAUUUCAACAAUUAGAACAAUUAAGAUCUUUAGCAGAUAGAGAUCCACUCCAUGAACUCCAUGAACAGGAGAAGAAAACUAUGUGGGCAUUGAGGCAUCAUUGUCUUCAUGAAAUUCCAACAGUUUUGGCCAAACUAUUGCAAUGUGUAGAAUGGAAUGAUCACAAAGAAGUAGCAGAAGCUACAGCAUUAGUACAACAAUGGCCAACAUUGCCAGUAGAAAAAGCAUUAGAAUUAUUAGAUUAUGCCUAUGCUGAUCAAAAUGUUAGAAGUUUUGCUGUACGUUGUCUUUUAGAUGUUAGUGAUGAGGAUUUGAGUUUGUACCUUUUACAAUUGGCUCAAGCAUUGAAACAUGAAAAUUAUUUAUCAUGUGAUUUAACUGAAUUUCUAUUAGGACGUGCUCUUAAUAACCAGAGGAUAGGACAUUAUUUGUUUUGGCAUCUUCGGUCAGAAAUGCAAGUUGGUUCUGUUUCUGUUCGUUUUGGUCUUAUACUUGAAGCUUAUUGUAGAGGUAGUCAACAACAUAUGCGAGCACUUUUUAAACAAAUGGAGUGCUUGGAUAAGUUAAGAUGUGCUUCAGAACAAGUUAAGCAGAAAAAAGAUCGUAAAGCAGCACUUCAAACCUUCCAAGAUUUUAUUCAAGAACCACAUUGUCAAGAAGCAUUAUCUAAUGUUCUUAAUCCAUUAGAUCCAAGCUUUAGGUGGAAACAUCUAAAAAUUGAAAAGUGUAGGGUUAUGGAUAGUAAAAUGCGACCAUUGUGGCUUGUCUUUGAAAAUGCGGAUCCAUUUGGUGAAGAUAUCUAUUUAAUACUUAAACAUGGAGAUGAUUUGAGACAAGAUAUGCUUACACUUCAGAUGUUAAGGAUCAUGGACAAGUUGUGGAAAAGAGAAGGUUUGGAUUUACGUAUGAAUCCAUACGGUUGUAUAUCUACAGAAAAUAGAGUUGGAAUGAUUGAAGUAGUUUUAAAUGCUGAGACCAUUGCAAAUAUACAAAAAGAGAAAGGCACGUUUUCUGCAACCGCUGCUUUUAGGAGAGGUUCAUUAUUAGCUUGGCUGAAAGAUCAUAAUCAUACAGAAGUAGCUUUAAAUAAAGCCAUUGAAGAAUUUACGUUAAGCUGUGCUGGGUAUUGUGUCGCAACAUAUGUUCUUGGAAUUGCUGAUAGACAUUCUGAUAAUAUUAUGGUUAAAAAAACUGGCCAACUAUUUCAUGUUGAUUUUGGUCAUAUCCUCGGACAUUUUAAAGAGAAAUUUGGGUUUAGACGUGAACGCGUGCCGUUUGUAUUAACUAAUGAUUUUGUUCAUGUAAUUAAUAAAGGACAGACAAAGAAAGGGCAAGCUGUGGAAUUUCAGCGAUUUCAAAAUCAUUGUGAACAAGCUUUUUUAAUUUUAAGACAGCAUGGUGGUUUAAUUCUAUCCUUAUUUGCAAUGAUGAUAUCUACUGGACUUCCUGAACUUUCAUCAGAAAAAGAUCUCAACUAUUUAAGGGAUACAUUGGUGUUAGAAAUGUCUGAAAGUGAAGCUCAAAAACACUUUAGAAGUAAAUUCGAUGAGGCACUUUGCAACUCAUGGAAAACUUCACUUAAUUGGGCUUCACAUAACAUGGCUAAAAAUAAUAAAACAAUAUGAAAAGUUAUACUAGAAAAGGAACGAUAUUAUUUCAAUGUGUUUGACGAUAGUUAGAAUGCAGUUAUGCUCUAUAGGCAGUGUAAAGUUAAUGUCUGAGAAACUUUUGAAGGUGGUAAGAGUCAGUGAAGUAUGCUGAUUAACAAUUUCUAAAAAGUCAAUGUACUAAGAAGUUGUGAAUAAGACAGUAUUUACUACAUGCAAUGAAUACGUAUAAUGCACAUAUAAUGUUUUAAAUCGAACUGUUAAUGUGAAUUGCUGUCUAUGAAUGACGAAACAAUGAAAAUCAGGCGGACGCGUUUUAUUAAGCUCUCAGUCGUUGAACACGAUAUCCAUAAAAAUACUUAAUAGUAAGAAAUACACUGUGGCAUAUAUUUUCAGAGGCUGAUGUAUGAUACAUAUCAUUUCUUAACAUAGACAGCCUAUUCAUAAAUUUAACAAUAAAAUUAUGUUUAAUUUGAAAAAGUAUAUUGCUUUGAAUUUUGUAAAAAAGUUUCAUUUAAAAAUUGCUGAUAGCUGGCUUGUACAGAACUACCUUAUAUGUAAAUUGUCUUCUUUAAAUAUCACACUACACUAGAGCGCCUUAAAAUGGUAUGCAUAGAAAUUCUACUAGAGGACUACUGUUUAAGAAAUCCAUUUAAAUCCAAUUCUAUUAUAUACGGCAAUAAAAAGUACAUUCAAGUAUACCAAAACGUGAGGUUCUUACAUGUAAAGGAUGAUAAAAUAGAAAAAAGCUAUUGUAUUUUUAUUACUUAGUCUUCGACAGUAGUGCAGAAACUAAGAAUAAUAAAUUUUAUCUUAUAAUUUAUUAAUAACACUUAAGCAUUAUUUCUUAUCGCCCUUAAUAUAAAUCGUGCUAUGCAAUAGUCAGUGAUAGUGUGAUAAUUCAAAGCAAUAUUUAUUCAUAAAAUUAUGUUUAAAUAACUUAAAUUUGUAAGCGGAGCAUUACCAGGUUUCUGCCGUUGGGUCGACGUGGCGACCGCCUCAGGUGCCAAAAAUAAUAAGUGUCGAGAGGACCAUUUUUCGUUUUAUUAGCACAUUUUUAUACGUUUUUGUUUUUAUGUAUUCAUAUAUAGGAAACUCAUCUUUGCGUUGCAUAAAUGUUAUUCUUUUUUUUUAACAAGUUCAGUAAAUAAUUGUUGAGCAUACACUGACUUUUUGAAGAGUAUUGCAAAUGUCAGCAAUUUCUUUCUUUGAAUUGGAUAGUCUAAUAAAAUGUAUUUUUUUCUUUAUACAGGAAGCAUAUUAAGCUUAAGCAAAACAUAUUCUUUAAGAAACAUUAAACAAUGUAUAAUAAUAAGAGACGAUUACCAAUGUUUUCCUACCAUAAAAUGUUGGAAUAAUGAUGGCCCUUUUGAGAAAAAAAAAGAAAAUGUCUGACUGAAAAAAUAUUGUUUUUGUAUUAAUAAUACGGAAUCUCCAAUCGAAUGUUUAUUUACGAUUGCUGUCAUCUCAUAAUUAUGGAAUAUCUAUAACCAAGAUAUUCAUGACAAUCAUAAUUAACACAUUUUUUGCUAAUACAAACAAUGUGAUAAAACUUCACCAAAAGAAAGAAAAAAAGAGAAUAAGAGUGGGGGGUGGGGGGAAGUGGGAGUAUCCAAAUCAAGAAUUAUGUUAUUGAUCGAUAAAUAAAAAGUUUUGUUUAUAUUCAAAAGCCGUUAAUGUUAUCGGCUGUUUGAAAAUUGUGUAAAUGAUAAAUAAACAUUGAUCGAACGUCGAAAACGUAAUGACCAUUGAAA